GUGCAGUCUGGUUUGAGCCGCCUGCUUUUGUAGUCCGGAAAGACAAGAGCUCUCGUUCUUCACCAACCCGUAGGUGCCUGUGGGCAAGUACUGGGUGUCCUGCCCGCCAUGGCGCAGCUCCAGACACGCUUCUACACGGAAAACAAGAAAUACGCAGUAGAUGAUGUUCCCUUCUCAAUCCCUGCUGCCUCUGAAAUUGCUGACCUCAGUAACAUCAUCAAUAAGUUGCUGGAGGCCAAAAAUGAGUUUCACAAACAUGUGGAGUUUGAUUUCCUUAUCAAGGGCCAGUUUCUGCGAAUGCCUUUGGUCAAACACAUGGAAUUGGAGAACAUCUCAUCAGAAGAGGUUGUGGAGCUAGAGUACGUGGAGAAGUACACUGCACCCCAGCCAGAGCAGUGCAUGUUCCAUGAUGACUGGAUCAGUUCAGUUAAAGGAGCAGAGGAAUGGAUCUUGACCGGUUCUUAUGAUAAGACUUCACGGAUUUGGUCUUUGGAAGGAAAGUCAAUAAUGACAAUUGCAGGACAUACAGAUGUUGUAAAAGAUGUGGCCUGGGUGAAAAAAGAUAGUUUGUCAUGCUUACUUCUGAGUGCCUCUAUGGAUCAGACCAUUCUCUUAUGGGAGUGGAAUGUGGAGAGAAACAAAGUAAAAGCCCUGCACUGCUGCAGGGGUCAUGCAGGAAGUGUGGAUUCUAUAGCUGUUGACAGCUCAGGCACCAAAUUUUGCAGUGGCUCCUGGGAUAAGAUGCUAAAGAUCUGGUCUACAGUCCCUACAGAUGAAGAAGAUGAAAUGGAAGAAUCCACAAAUCGACCAAGAAAAAAACAGAAAACAGAGCAGUUGGGAUUAACAAGGACUCCCAUAGUGACACUUUCUGGCCACAAAGAAGCAAUAUCCUCAGUUCUGUGGUCGGAUGCUGAAGAAAUAUGCAGUGCCUCUUGGGAUCACACGAUCAGAGUAUGGGAUGUUGAGUCUGGCAGUCUUAAGUCAACUUUGACAGGGAAUAAAGUAUUUAAUUGUAUUUCCUAUUCUCCACUAUGUAAACGUUUAGCAUCUGGAAGUACAGACAGGCAUAUAAGACUGUGGGACCCCCGAACUAAAGAUGGUUCUUUGGUGUCCCUGUCCCUAACUUCACAUACGGGCUGGGUCACAACCAUAAAGUGGUCUCCUACUCACGAACAGCAGCUGAUUUCAGGUUCUUUGGAUAACAUUGUCAAGCUCUGGGAUAUAAGAAGUUGUAAGGCUCCUCUUUAUGAUCUGGCUGCUCAUGAAGACAAAGUUCUGAGUGUUGAUUGGACAGACACAGGGCUACUUCUGAGUGGAGGAGCAGACAAUAAAUUGUAUUCCUACAGAUAUUCACCUACCACUUCUCAUGUGGGAGCAUGAAAGUGAAUGAUAAUUUGAUUAUAGAGAUUCUGUCUAUAGAAGAAGUCGGUAGAGAACUGUCAAAUUACAUUGAUGCAGAUGUAGAAAACACUCUAAUAGGUAAAAGUUUAUAAAAUGUUUUCACCCUUCGUAAUAGCUAAUAUAUCACUUUUUCUUUAUUUUGUAUUUAUAAUAGUUUAUAUUUAUAAAAUGUAAAAUGUGGCCUGCACUCUCUACCUUAUGCAAAUCUUUGAAAUUAAACUCUUUAUUUGUCUUAAAGGAAUUGGUUUGAAUUCAGGUUUGCUUUUGAAAUGCAAAUAUAAGGGCAUAUUAGAGAUGCAGUAAACAAUUGUCCAGACUUACUUUUGCCAGAGAAACUUAGGUUUUUAAAACCAUCCAGAAAAGACUAGUAAAAAAACUUAAUAGAAAAAAAUUAGAACUACAAUUUCCUGUUUGCAAAAUAAGUGUUUAAUUAUUAGAAAACAUGACUUUGUAAGUGUUCAGAACAUUAGAAAGUGUGUUGCCAAUUCAUUAACAAUUGUUGAAACAUUUUACGUGAAGUGUUUCAUAUUAAAGGCAUGUCAGGUCUUUUAGAGACUUCAUAAAAUGUAAUGAUGACCAGAUAUCUCUUUCCCUAAUGUAUCCUUAAACAUAAGAAUAAAUUCUUUACACAAAACCUUUCAUUUUUAUUAAACGUCCCACAAAUUUUUUUAUCAUUAGUUUUAUCUCUUCAUAUGUGAUGUGAAAUAUUUAAAAUAAGUGUCUUUUUAAAAUGUGACUUCUAUCUUUAAUGGAUUGACAUUCAAGUGGAACAUAUUUACAGCAUUUACAACCUCAGUAAUAAACAAUGAGUCCUAUUUGGUCCCAUCUUAAACUGCAAUAAAUCAUAUCUGGUCUUGCUGUCAUGCUUGACUGAAGUUGGAAGCCUGGUUAACAAUGGGUUGAACACAUCAGGAGUUUUGUUCUUGCAAAUGCAGAAGUCUAGAAGCAGGCCAGGCUUCAUUUUGUGACUUCCACAUUCCUUAGGGUCCCCAGUUCUCUCCAGCCCUAGGAUAUUGUCUUCAUUUUCAGAUAGACUUAAGUACAAGAGCUCCAAUUACCACAUCAUUUCCUAAAAUAUAUGUUAAUGUCAAAAAAAAUAAAGGCAGCCAGAGAAUUCAGAGUCCUUGUUUUUCUCAUUUUAUGGUAGUUGGUGUAAAUUUCAUACCCGUGGUCUUUGAAAGUCUUAACUUUGAAAAAACAAAGAUGAAUUUAUAAUCCUGUUUUGGAUAGUCUCUGAAGCAGUUAUUUGGGUUGGUGUUUUUUUUUUUUUUUUCCCAAGAUUUUUAUUUGUUUAUUUGACAGGUAGAAUUACAGACAGUGAGAGAGACAGAAAGAAAGGUCUUCCUUCCAUUGGUUCACUCCCCAAAGGGCCACAACGGAUGGAGCUACGCCGAUUCAAAGUUAGGAGCCAGGUGCUUCUUCCUAGUCUUCCACGCAGGUGCAGGGGCCCAAGGACCUGGGCCAUCCUCCACUGCUUUCCCAGGCCACAGCGGAGAGCUAGAUAGGAAGUGGAGCAGCCAGGACUAGAACCGGUGCCCAUAUGGGAUGCCGGCACCGCAGGUGGAGGAUCAGCCCAUUGUGCCAUGGCGCCAGCCCCCAUUUAUGUCUUAACUCAUUCAACUUAGAGUGACAAAAUGUAGUAUACAUUACACUGAGUGCUUCAAGUAAGGGUUAAGAGACCCCCAUUUUUCAGAUACAGUAGACAAAAAAGGAAGUAGCUUCUAAAAAGCCCUCAUCUAUUCUCAGCCAUAGUUAUACAGCAGGACGCAGUUGUGGUUCAGGCGUUCUUCCUUGGGAUGGAUAUAACUUUAGUGACCAAGUCUCUUAGACAAGGGUUAUCUGUGAUCAGUCUGCCAGACUCCUCUCUCUGGGUAACUCCUGUGGAUAAGUCUUACUCCCCAUAUAGGAGGAAUGUGAGAGGCCAAUAAAAACCUAGAAGUGGAGUGGGUAUUGUACAGCAGGUAAGUCCCCGCCUGCUAUACCUGCAUCCCAUAUUGGAGUGCAGGUUCAAGUUCUGUCUGCUCCACUUCUGAUACAGCUCUCUGCUAAUACACCUGGUAAGCAGUGGGUGAUGGCUCAAGUACUUGAGUUCCUGCCAGCCGUGUGGGAGGCUCAGAUAGAGUGCCUAGCUCCUGGCUUCAGCCUGGCUCAACCUUGGCUGUUGUAGCCAUUUGGGUGGAUGCCACUGCAUGGGAAACCCCAAAGGAGUUCCAGGCUCUUGGCCUCUGCCUGGCCCAGCCCCAGCUAUUACAGCCAUUUUGAGUAAGUAAAGUAGCAGAUGGAAUAUAUUUCUCACUUUGCCUUUCAAUCAAACAAAUUUUUUUUUUUUAAAGCCUAGAAGAUUCAGCCUCCUUUAUAGCAUUGCUCCUCCUUUUUUCUUUCCUCCAUCCGAGGCACCAGAGGUAGUUGCAUUAUUUGCACUUAUUUGCCUCUAGGACUUACUGAGAGAAAUGAAUAGAGCUGUUUUCCACCACUGGGAGAAGCUACCUGGCAGUACUGUGUUCGGGACCUGCUGAUUAGUAUGGGGUUAUUUAUGCUGUCUUACCACAGAAUUGGAAUUCAUAAAGAUAUUGAUAAAUUGCUUAGCAGUAAACUUCCUAAAUGUAAAAUAAUGCUAAAAGUUUAAUUGGUGAAUGAGUCAGUUCAAGGAAAAAAAUUGAAUUAUAUACCAGCAUUUGCCGUGGUGGAAGAAAGUGAAAAAAUAAAAAAAUCUAGGACACAGACUUCCCCUUCAAAAAGAUCACAUGCUCACAUGGGAGAUCCUCAUUAGAAACUGAGCUACAAGAGUGUCCUAAGUGUAAAAGAAAGAUCUAAGUGAAAGAGCACAGAGGAGGGAGCAGUUAGAUUGUGGGGAGCAAUGCUAAGAGGGCAUCGUAGAAGAAUGACGUUCCAGCUAGAUUAGGGCAGAUGAUUAGGGGCAGGGUGAAGACACAGAUUAUUUCUAGCAGAGGGAGCAGCACGGAAGCCUCAGAGAGACUAGCUUAGAAAUACUGUGAGUAGGGUCUGGCACUGCAGCACAGUGGGUUACGCUAUGGUCUGCAGCACCAGCUCCCAUAUGGGUGCUGCUCCACUCUUCCUAUCCGGAUCCCUGCUAUUCCCCAGGGAAAUCAGCAGCCCAAAUCCUUGGGCUCCUGCAUCCAUGUGGAAGACCCAGAAGAAGCUCCUGGCUCCUGGCUUCGGUUUGGCCCAGCCCUGGCCAUUGCGGCCUCUUGGGAGGUGAACCAGCAGAUGGACAAUCUCUGUCUCUCCUCUUUCUCUCUGUAACUCUGCCUCUAAGGAGUGAAAUGGACAUAGUAUUUGUUCAUACUCCAAAAUUUAAUUUUUAAAUAAUGCUACCUUCUAAAUCUUAUUAUAGACAUUAUGUUUUUAUAUUGGAAAAGAGGAAAACCUUGCUAUAGUGACAACUGGAACAGCCAUGUGGCACAGUGGUUAACCUGCUACUUUGGAUGUGUGCAUUCCAUAUUAGAGUGCCUGCAUUUAUGUCCUAACUCCAGCUCUUGAUUUUAGCUUUCUGCUGUUGGUACUCUGAAAGGCAGCAGGGGUUGGUUCAAAUCUUUGCAUCCCUGACUACUGGCUUCAUCCUGGCUCCUCCCUGACUAUUGCAGGCAUUUGGGGAGUGAAUCAUGGGUGGAAGACAUUUUGUUUUUUUUAAGAUGUAUUUAUUUAUUUGAGAGGCAGAGAGAGAGAUGUUCCAUCUACUGGUUCCCUCCCCAAAUGGCUGCAAUGGAGCUGGGACAACAUGAAGCCAGGUACCAGUGGCUUCAUCCGGUCUCCCCCGUGAAUAAAGGGGCCCAAAUACUUGGCCCAUUUUCUGCUGCUUUCCCAGGUGCAUUAGCAGGAAGCUGGAUCAGAAGUGGAGCAGCUAGGAUUGGAAUUGGUGCCCAUAUCAGAUGCCAGCACUGCAGGUGGUAGCUUUACCCGCUAUGCCACAUCACCUGCCCUAGAUGGAAAAUCUUUCUGUCUCUCUGCCUUCCAAAUAAAGUGUAAAUAAAUAUUCAAAAAUGUUUUCAUCCCACACAGAAAUUAAAAAAAAAAAAAAAACAGCUUUUCUGUGAG